AUGGUGACAUCCCGAGAGAGCGAAGGCGACGACAAAAACUUGGAUGACCAAGAUGAUGCGGUGGCACUUGCGCCCCGUGAGCCGGUCCCACCGUUACAGGGAAAUGUCAAGGAACGUCUCUCGUUCUUCUUUCCCGGCCGCACCCUUGGCGAGAUACUACUACACGCAGUUCCACCCCCUCGACUCCAAUGGCGCGCUUCCGACCGCGUCCUUAUGAAAUCCUUCCUCUCCUUUUGCCGCCUUGGUUCCCAUAACCUGCGAUCAGUUAUUUCCACACCCUCAUCCGUUGACCAAUACCGAGAUGUCCUUUGUCGUAUCAAGCAAGAUAUUUUUGAUGCCGAUGCCGACCCCGACCUCCACAUUCUUGCCGCCCGUAUGAAUGUCGACCUCGCCUCCCUUUCUGACGCCAAGUGGGACACCAUCAAGACCAAGAUGUAUUCUUGUAUGCAAUACAUUCUCAAAGUCAAUACAAGAGACCUCCGUCCUGAAUACUACUGGGACGUUGCCGCCUGGGCUAGGCGUUUGUGA